AUGAGGCUCACCGCAGAGCUCAUUCAAAACUCCCUAUCCUACCUCAAUCCGCUCAAUGAGCGCGAACUAGAUCUCAGAGGUCAUAAAAUUCCCGCGAUUGAGAACUUGGGGGUUGCUGGCCCUCACGAUGCGAUCGACUUUACAGACAACGAUAUCCAGCUGCUAGGAAAUUUCCCACUCUCACCUAGGCUGUGCACCCUCCUUCUUGCGCGGAAUCGUGUCACCAGUAUCCAGCCCUCCCUUGCGAAUUCAUUGCCGAACUUGACGACAUUGGUACUCGCUGCCAACAACAUCAACGAGCUUGCGGAUUUAGAUGUCCUGUCAGGGUUUGCGAGGCUGAUGCAUCUGGUGUUGAUGGAGAAUCCCGUCUCGAGAAAGGAUCAUUAUCGGAGUUGGGUUAUUUGGAGGUGUCCUACUGUUAGAUUUCUGGACUACAAGAAGGUCAAGGACUUAGAGAGGCAAAAGGCAAAAGAUCUGUUUGGAACCAUCCAAGAACCAUCAGUGCUGGCUUCAAAGAUCAUGGGUGUUAAAUCAAAAACAUUCGAUACGCCAUCAGCGAACGGUAUUGCGGCAGCCUCGACAUCAAAGAAUUAUCGAGUAAAGCUCACAGAUAAAGAGCGGAAGAAGGUGGAGGAGCUGAUUCGUAACGCGAAGAGCUUACAGGAUAUCCAACGUUUAGAAAAGGAGCUGAACGAGGGACGGGUACCUGCCGCGGCACAAGGCGCUGACGAUGCAAUGGAAGAGUGA